AUGCAUUACAAAGCUCAUUUUAAUAGACUAAGGGUGGUAUUACCUGAUAUAAUUGCUGAAAAUCAAGGGGCAUUUAUACAAGGUAGAUUUAUUGCACACAAUGUGAUGGUGUGUCAGGACAUGGUGAAGGGCUAUGGUAGGAAGAAUUCAAGCCCUGGGUGCAUCAUAAAAAUGGAUAUGAAGAAGGCCUAUGACUCGGUUGACUGGAAAUUCAUGGAAGAUAUGCUCAAGGCUUUACUGUUCCCUGAAAAAAUGGUGCAGCUCAUUAUGGAAUGUGUGAGAACACUCAGAUUUAGCUUGUUGAUAAAUGGGAAAUGCAGUGGUUUCUUCCGGGGGAAAAAGGGUCUGAGACAGGGUGACCCCAUGUCACCUCUGCUAUUUGUCAUAGACGACAUUAUUUUGUGCAGUAAAGGAGAAUACAGAUCUGUAUACAUGAUGCUUCAAGGUUUUAAACAUUUCUCAGAUGUGUCUAGUCUGGAAGUGAAUGAGAGUAAAUCAGAACUGUAUACAGCAGGGAUGAAGCAAGAAGAGGUCCAGAGGCUUGUAGAUGUAUCAGGAUUCAAAAAGGUUCUGUGUAGUAUUCAUGUAUAUUGGGCUCAGAUUUUUGUUUUACCCAGGAAAGUCCUGCAUGAGAUAGAGAAGAUAUCUAAAUCCUAUCUGUGGAGUGGAGAAUAUUUUAGCUCAAAAGGUGGAUAUGUUGCAUGGCCAAAGGUUUGUAUUCCUAAGUAUGCAGGAGAUCUAGGGAUUAGGAAUAUUACUAAGUGGAAUGUAGCAGCAAUGGGGAGAUAUACCUGGGCAAUUUCAGGUAAGAAAGAUAACUUGUUGAUUCAUUGGAUUAAUGAUGUGUACAUAAAGGAUCAGGAGUGGUGGGCUUAUAAACCACCUAUGGAUAGUAGUUGGUACUGGAAGAAAGCAUGUAAAGUAAAGGAAAACUUGAAGGGUGUUGUGAAUGAAGCUCAGCUCAUGACACUGAACCAAUAUUAUGUUAAAAGAAUAUACACAUUGCUGGAUGGUGAUUAUGAAAAGGUCCAUUGGGACAAGUUCAUCUGGUGUAGAUUGGUCAUCCCCAAACACAGAUUGAUUCUUUGGCUAGUAAUGCACAACAAAUUACACACUGGAGACAGACUUCAGAGAAUGGGUGUAAGGAGAUUGGCAUUUGGCUUGGAUGGUCUAUCACCAACAUGA